GGCAGCGUCGCGGAGCCGGGUCGCGGCCCCCGGCUGUGCCCGGCGCCUGCCCGGCCUCUGGCUGGGCCUGUGCUUUCCGCGGAGGCGCCCUUCCCGGGAGCGGUGCGAACCCUCGGGCUGCUCCAGGCCGGGGCGGGACUCGCGCCUCCCCUCUCCCGGCCGGCGUUCCGCCCCGGCGCAGCGCACCCCCGGGGCCGGGCCCCGCGCCCGGGAGAUCGGUGCCCAUCCUCUGCUUGAGGACCCGCGGCGCGCAGGCUUCUGCUUUCCCUGUAGCCAGGGUGCCUCCCCGCCCCUGGCCGAGAGUGUUUUCCCUCGGGCCAGUGCCUGCGAUUCGACUCCUUUGUCGCCGUGCCCCGAUAAAGCUGCGCGUCUUGUGUCCUAGAUGAAGAGGAAUUGGGGAUGGCCUGAGGACUUGCGCCGUGAGUUUGGUCGCUAUGGCCCUAUAGUAGACGUUUACAUUCCACUUGACUUCUACACCCGCCGCCCAAGAGGAUUUGCUUAUGUUCAAUUUGAAGAUGUUCGCGAUGCUGAAGAUGCUCUUUAUAACCUCAAUAGAAAGUGGGUAUGUGGCCGUCAAAUUGAAAUACAGUUUGCACAAGGUGAUCGAAAAACACCAGGCCAAAUGAAAUCAAAAGAACGUCACCCUUGUUCUCCAAGUGAUCAUAGGCGGUCAAGAAGCCCCAGCCAAAGGAGAACUCGAAGUAGAAGCUCUUCAUGGGGAAGAAAUAGGAGACGAUCUGAUAGCCUUAAAGAGUCUCGACACAGGCGAUUUUCUUAUAGCCAAUCUAAAUCUCGCUCCAAAUCACUACCAAGGCGGUCUACCUCAGCAAGGCAGUCAAGAACUCCAAGAAGGAAUUCUGGUUCUAGAGGACGGUCAAGGUCCAAGUCGUUACCAAAAAGAUCCAAGUCAAUAGGAAAAUCACAAUCAAGUUCACCUCAAAAGCAGACUAGCUCAGGAACCAAAUCAAGAUCACAUGGAAGACAUUCUGACUCCAUAGCAAGAUCCCCUUGUAAAUCUCCCAAGGGGUAUACCAAUUCUGAAGCUAAAGCACAAACAGCAAAACACUCUCAUUUUCGAUCACAUUCCAGAUCUCGGAGUUAUCAUCAUAAAAACAGCUGGUGAACAGCAGCAGAAGAGUGCUACAUAGUCUUGAAUAUAAGUCAUUAAACCUCUCAUUAUGCUAAAUAAAAAUUCUUCAAGGCUUAUAGAAAAUGUGAGUUACUUUGGGCAUGUGCAACAAAUAAAGUCUCUCUAGCUUUGGGUUAAUAAAGAUUUGGUCUCAAUUUAAAGGGCCCAUACCACAAAUUA